CCGGUCUUGUGCGCGGCAAGCUUCAGAACCGAGAGUGCACAAACACGCCUUCUUGAAUGGACCAGGGAUGCCUUUGUGACUGUUUUGCAUCGCUUGGCUCACCUGUUUACAACGAUAAGCCUCUGGAUCCUUCAGACUUGAACAAAUGUAUACAGAAGUAUCGAGCUUAUUUAGCCCAACGAGCGCAGGUUACCGAGCAGCAGCAUCCUCUUAUCAUCAUACGGAAUUCUGAUGCAUCAGCUUCAAAAACUCAAACAACGACACCUUCGGUUUAUAUACAAGUAAUACUCAAUUUUCUGCACUCUGUGGACAGCAAAGAGGCAUCAUACUUUUGAAGCGCGCAUUAUCUUCUGUCACUAUACCAGAUAAAACUAAUGUGCUGCUUUUGAGCGAGCAGUCUAGAAAGACCCUAUAUCAUGCGCAUUAAUUUUACUUUAUG